AUGGAUGAUGGUCACUGGCACCCGAUCGCGUUUUGGUCCAGAAAACUCACAGAAGCAGAAAGACAUUAUCAAACAUAUGAUUUAGAAAUGUUGCCGAUUGUAGAAGCUUUCAGGCAAUGGCGCCACUACCUACAUGGUAGCAGGCACCCAAUAGUUGUUUUAUCUGACCAUGCCAACCUCCGGCGCUUCAUGACGACGAAGCAGCUAAAUGGGCGUCAGAUUCGUUGGAUGCAAAUGCUCUCAGCGUUCGAUUUUGAAAUUGAGCACCAUCCUGGGAAAAAUAAUCCCGCAGAUGCACCAAGUCGUCGCUCAGAUUAUAUAAAACACGCAGCUCCCUUGACGGGGCUCCCUACCCUGCAAGAGAAGCUGCGUAAGGGGAUCUUUAAGUCACUAAAGACAAAAGAAAACACAAAGUUAGACCAAUGUGUCAAGAUGGUGCGAAAAAAUCUGCAAGUUAAAGAAAAUUGUUGGGCGAAGGGGCCCGUAGUCAUCGAUGACAACAAACCCUGCAGGAUAAAGAACGCACCUGCAGAUGAGAACGAAGUCGCCGGCGUUACGGGGUUAGACCUAGGGACCCUGGUGCCACGGAUUCUAGCCGUUAAGGUAUUUGAGUCCGAGAUAGCCUAUCGCGAAGAGGUAGCUGAAUCUAUUGUCGAACUCUUGCUGCAGGUUCAGAAUAGGGACGCUGGCACGUCUGAACUUCGCAGAAGACUAGAGGUGGGUGACGCUAGCGUAGGUGAUCGUUCGACCUGGGCAGUAGACAAAGAUGGCCUGCUCAGGAAAGAUGGUAAAGUCUACGUACCGCAAGACAAGGCCGUAAGGCAUGAAAUAAUGAAAAUGAACCACGAUGAUCCCCAAGGUGGCCAUUUUGGACGUGACAAAACCAUCGAAGCGAUCAAACGCAAGUACUCGGGGCAUGGUAUGAGCGAUGAGAUUGCAGAAUAUGUGAGGACCUGCGAUGUUUGCCGACGCGUCAAGAUACCGCGGCAUAAGCCGUACGGGUUGCUACAACCACAUCCAGUGCCAGAUAAGAAAUGGCAUACAAUCACCUUCCAUCCGCAAACCGACGGCCAAACGGAACGAUUGAACCAGGUGAUUGAACAUUAUCUUCGCACAUAUUGCAGCUACCAGCAGGAUAACUGGAUAGAGUGGAUUCCCCUGGCGCAAUGGGCAUAUAAUAACGCCUUCCACGCAUCGAUAACGAUGAUCGGCCGACCAACUGAACUUCGUAUAGACGUGGAACCCCCAAGCACGGGCGCGUCAAAGUCGGCGAUAGAACAAGUGGAACGGAUGAAGCAAGCGGAAAACAGGAUUCGAGAAUGCCUAGAAGCUGCCAAAGCAGCUGAGAAAAAGUAUUAUGAUCAGCGCCAUAUACCAAAAAGCUUUAAGAUAGGGGACUGGAUCAUCGAUUUUUGGGUCCCUUCCAAAUAA